GAUGAACAUGACAACAUCACGGAGGAUUUAACGCUUGAUGAUAUCCGUGAACCUCCAAACCUUCAAAGGAGCACCAUUCUACCUGGUAACAAUCUAUGGACAUCCCCAAUUUCCUACGUCUUGGAUAGUGGCCUGGACUUGAACGCCAAAGGAGUCAUCAUGAGAGCCUUUGACCAGUUCAGAGUGAAGUCAUGCAUCGAUUUCAAACCCCGUGAUUCUGAGGACUAUUACCUAAAGAUCCAAAAGUUAAAUGGGUGUUGGUCAUAUAUUGGUAGAGUAUUCGCCAAUGGACAGGACCUCUCUAUUGGUGCUGGCUGUGAAUACAUUGGCAUUGUUGAGCAUGAGAUUCUUCAUGCUCUUGGCUUCUACCAUGAACAGUCUCGAUUCGACAGAGAUAAUUAUGUACAAAUUGUAUAUGCCAACAUCAUGACAGAUAAAGAGCAUAAUUUCAGAAAGGUUGCCAGCAAUGAGAGCACCGUCCAUGGCACCCCAUAUGACUACAUGUCAGUGAUGCACUAUGGAAAGGAUGCGUUCACCAAUGGCGAUGGCUCAACAAUUAUUACCAUAGACCCUAAAUUCCAAGAUGUGAUCGGUCAAAGGCUUGAGAUGAGUCCUACGGAUGCUAAAGAGCUGAACCUCCUCUACAGCUGCAAUGAAACUGUUGCUUUUAAGAUCUUCUGUGGCUUUUCUAAUGGAACAAUGUGCAAUAUGAACCGCUGUUCAACAAAUGGUAGUGACUGGGAAGUGGUUACAGACAUUGAUGGGGAUCCAAGCUCUGACCACACCAAUCUACCAAGUGGAAGUGGAGAUAAUGCUCAACAAAAGGGGCACUUCAUCCAUGCGAGCACGGCCUCAGGUCAGGAGGGAGAUUCGGCCAAACUGGAAACUGAGGUAGUGAAGCUGAACAGGGGAUGUAAUGUCCAGUGUCUACAGUUCUACAAUUUCCACAGUGGAGCUGAGUCAGAUGAACUUAAUAUCUGGAUAAGAGAGUUUGAAGAUGAACAGGACACCACAGGAACUCCUCGUCUCAUGGGGCAGAUUACUGGUUCACCAACAUCUCACUGGAAGCUCCACCAUGUUUCCUUGAAUGCCACCAAGCCCUUCCAGGUUGUUUUUGAAGCUCGCAAAGGAGCAGGAAGCUCUACUGGAGGCUUCUCUGUCGAUGACAUCAAUCUCUCAGAGACAGAGUGUCCACAUGUUUUCAUACAGAUUGAUGACCUGGAGAAUCGUUUGAACACGAGCAGCUUUGGAAUCAUCUACAGUCCACGACAGUACUCUAAAGACGGCUAUGCAUACCGUGUAGCUGUUAUACUUUUCAAAACAUAUGUUGGAAUGGCUGUGCAGCUCUUGUCUGGUGAAUUUGACGACCAACUGCAGUGGCCUUGCCUCCAAAGACAAAUGAUUUUCCAAUUGCUGGAUCAAACUCCUAACCAACAACUGCAAAUGUCAAAGCAACAAACUUUCAUUUCUGCAAGUGGUUCCUCUAUUUGGGACAAUCCCAGAGAGAGUGGAAAUGGAGUGUUUUAUGAAAAUGAUGAGUUAGUCUAUGGUGGAAGUCUAAUUGGGCGCUCACCUUUUACAACCUUGGAAGAACUGCAAACCAGAGAGUUCCUCAAGGGAGGUAGCGCCAUUUUCAUGUUUAACUUUGAAGAUCUCACACCAUUGAUCAAUGGAACUAGCCUACCUUGUCCUCAGUUAAGACCAGUGAGCAUAACAAAUCCUCCCCCGAAUCUGGAUGAAACUCCAUGCUCAGCACGAGUGUCCCCACCAACCAGUCCACCUUCUACAACACCAGUUUACAGGACUCCAUCUAACACCCAUCAACCUCCUACAACAUACAACAGGACUUACUCUACCUUCCAUCAACCUCCUACAACAGACAACAGGACUUACUCUACCGUCCAUCAACCUCCUACAACAGAUAACAGGACUUACUCUACCGUCCAUCAACCUCCUACAACAGACAACAGGACUUACUCUACCGUCCAUCAACCUCCUACAACAGACAACAGGACUUACUCUACCGUCCAUCAACCUCCUACAACAGAUAACAGGACUUACUCUACCGUCCAUCAACCUCCUACAACAGAUAACAGGACUUACUCUACCGUCCAUCAACCUCCUACAACAGACAACAGGACUUACUCUACCUUCCAUCAACCUCCUACAACAGACAACAGGACUUACUCUACCGUCCAUCAACCUCCUACAACAGAUAACAGGACUUAUUCUACCGUCCAUCAACCUCCUACAACAGACAACAGGACUUACUCUACCGUCCAUCAACCUCCUACAACAGACAACAGGACUUACUCUACCGUCCAUCAACCUCCUACUACAGACAACAGGACUUCAUCUACCACUCAUCCAACUCCGACAACGGACAACAGAAUCUCAACUACCACCAUGCCACCACCUUCCACCACCACAGAUGACAGCAUUUUCUGCUUCUGUCCUGGUAUGAUGGCUUCUCCAAUCAUCACAGUCCUGCUGGCAUCGAUCCUUCUGUUGCAAUGAUGUAUACUUCCCAUGUAAAUAUUCUGUCUGAUCAUAGGUAGCUAAAUAAUUUGAAACCUCUCUCAGGUAUACAUACACCUGCUAUAAUGACAAUGGAGGAUUGCAGAUGAUCUUUUGUUCUGAAACUUUAAGUUAAUUCUUCAAAAUCAAUCAUGGGACUUUAUUUUCAUUCUACAAGCAACUGAAGAUUAUAGCAUAAUAUUGCAAAAGCCUGACUGAAGCAUGGUUUUGCUUUCAUAUUUAUAGAUACACAUAUGAAUCAAACCCACAAUAUUCUGUUUUCCUGUUGCACAUGCAUUCGAACUGCAUGCUAAUAAACAUGGAUGUUUGGUGUCUUAAUGGUAGGGAUACUUUCUAAAUCAGGUAUAUGUG